GUUCAACUCAGCUGAAUUUAACGGUAAAAGUGAAAAAAUGCAAGUAUCCUGCGGAACCCAACCUAAAAUAGACACCUGCGUUGAUAUCUCUAACCUGCUUGACAAAAGUCCUCAACCAAAAGCAUCACUAUGGAUGGGGUAAGACCCAGUAGCUUAAGUACAAGAUGGAGAGGCCCAUGUGGGCUAAAGAGGAGUGCUGAGGUUGUAACUUUUGGGGUUGUUAUAUCAGCUGCAUUCUUGAUUUUCCUAUCUAUGGGGGGACUAAAAAGUCGAAAAAGAUUGGAUCUUGAUCACUCUAGUUUUUGCCAGUUUCCAGCAAUUUAUAACUUUGGUGACUCCAAUUCGGAUACUGGAGCUGUUUCUGCUACCUUUGGUCGCCUUUCUCUUCCGAAUGGGCAGACCUUUUUUGGGAAACCUGCUGGGCGGUACUGCGAUGGUCGUCUCAUUAUUGAUUUUGUAGCUGAAAAGUUGGGAUUACCGUAUUUAAGUGCAUACCUGGAUUCUAUUGGAGCAAAUUUUCGACAUGGAGCAAAUUUUGCUGCUAGUGGUUCUUCCAUCCAGCCAGCUGAUUCUGCAAUAUUAAAGGGACAUGUCAACCCUCUCUCCCUCAAUAUACAGCUUUUGCAGUUUGAACAAUUUAAAGAAAGGACUGCUGAGUUAUAUACAGAAGCAAAAAACUCAUACCACAAAAGUGGUCUUCCAAGACCGGAGGACUUCUCGAAAGCUCUGUACACGAUGGACACCGGACAGAAUGAUCUUCAUGCUGGCAUUACAUCAAUGAGAGUAGAAGAAGUUCAAAAACACAUUCCAAAUAUUAUUAAUGAGUUUUCUCUUAACGUAAAGAAUCUGCACCAACUGGGAGCAAGGACAUUUUGGAUCCAUAAUACAGGUCCAAUUGGGUGCUUGCCCUUUUUUGUUGUCAACUAUCCCCCAAAAGCAGGCAAUUCUGACCAAAAUGGCUGUGUGAAGUCUUACAACGAUUUAGCGCAGGAAUUCAAUAGGCAACUUAAGGACAAAAUAAGCCAGCUAAGGACACAACUCAGUGAUGUAUUUAUCACUUAUGUUGAUAUUUACUCCGUCAAAUAUGCUCUCAUCAGUGAAGCAAAAAAAUAUGGUUUCAGCGGUCCUCUUGGUUACUGCUGCGGGCAUUAUGGAGACUAUCGUGCAAGGUGUGGGCGGAAAUCUUUAGUGAAUGGCACUGAAUUGUAUGGAACUUCUUGUGAAAAGCCAGCAGAAUACCUUAGCUGGGAUGGUAUACAUUAUUCCGAAGCUGCAAACAAAUUGGUUGCUGACCAAAUUCUAGACGGGUCUUUCUCUGAUCCAUCAAUAGCCAUCAGUGAAGCAUGUCACAGGCCUUUGUAAUACUGUAAUUCAUUGUAACAAAUCAGUGUUGAAUUUGUACACAGCAUUUUUAUGAAAUGUGAUGUUUUUUUUGCCUUUUUA